GCUAGUUUUCAGCAGAGCGCCCAGCAUUUUCAGCUGGCUAAAAACGCUUUGGUGGACACACGGUUAUGUUUGGUAUCUUUGUGUUUUCAUUCCUGUGUCUUUGUUAUGCAUUUCAUUUCAGUUUAACCUUAAUUAUUAGUUUCCUUAGUUACCAAUUAACCAAACAUGUGUCUCAUUUAGUUCAUGAGACUCCUUGUUUGGUUCUAUUGCUUGUUGUUGGUUCUUGUCUUCAUUUAAUGUGUAUGAAUUAUGAUUUCUCCUGGGUGAUUCUCUGUGUUUAUUUAAGACUUUAUUUACUUUAUCUUUCUCAAGAGUUUUGAAUUGAACCAUACACAGCAUGACAAUAUUGUUGUCUUAUUUACCAUCAAUCUGGGUGUCUAGUUUCCGAAAUAUUUGAUUAAUUUGGCGGAGAUUAGCUACUGCUAAUGUGAGCAUGUGUUGUGUCCUGCAGGGGGAGCUACUGAGCCCGUGUCGCUGUAGUGGUUCUGUUCGUUGCACUCAUGAGCCCUGUCUAAUAAAGUGGAUUAGUGAGAGAGGAUCCUGGAGCUGCGAACUCUGCUACUACAAAUACCAGGUCAUCGCCAUCAGCACCAAGAACCCGCUACAGUGGCAGGCCAUCUCUUUGACAGUGAUAGAGAAAGUCCAGAUAGCUGCAGCUGUUCUGGGUUCACUGUUCCUGAUAGCCAGUAUCUCCUGGCUGGUGUGGUCCUCCCUCAGCCCCUCGGCCAAGUGGCAAAGGCAGGACCUCCUCUUCCAGAUCUGUUAUGCCAUGUACGGCUUCAUGGACCUGGUUUGCAUUGCUCUGAUUGUCCACGAGGGUCCCUCUGUAUUUCGCAUUUUUAACCGCUGGCAGGCUGUUAAUCAGCAGUGGAAAGUCUUAAACUACGACAAGGUCAAAGACAAUGAGGAGCACCAGAAGACAUGUACCACAUUCCGGAACUUCUCUCUGCCGCACCGCAUGGGGCCGUCCGGCACAGAAGGCGAAGCCUCCACCUCUUCCCUCAUGGCUGCGGCUGCAGCGGCCGCGGCGGAAACCAUAACCCCCUCCACAAACUCCGUCCUGUUGGCAGCAGGUGCCACGACAGAGCCGCAGGACUCAUCUGAGCCCAGCAACGGACAGCCCUCGCUGCCGGACCACCACUGUGCUUACAACAUCCUUCAUCUCCUCAGCCACCACCUGAGACCCCAGGAGCCACGCGGACAGACCAGCAACAGCAACCGCGAACUGGUCAUGAGAGUUACUACGGUGUGAGGCCUGGUUUACGGUUGAAUCUCUGCAUGCGACAUAUUUAAAGAAAGGAUUCACUGAACAGAAUUAAACCGUGUCACCCAGUGCAGUGCUGUCCGGGUUUAAGGGAGUUUUUGUUUUUCCAUUUUUUUACAGUAUUGAAUAAAACAAGCAAGUUUCUUGCUUUCCAAGUGGUUACAGGAAAGAUUAUGGCCAUAAAGCUGCAUACAAGAAAUUAUGCAAGCCACUGAGAAAGGUCAAAGGCAUUGAAGUGUUUCUAAGUGUGUGUUGAAUUUAUUGUUAGCUCAAGGUCAGAGCCGUGACCAUUAAGAAGCACAAGCUUACCGAUGCAGUCCAGUUUCUACACUGACAGCCACUGCUGAACUAAAAUGGCUCAGAGUGAAGAGCAAAUGCGUUCUUUGUAAAACAUACAGCAUUACACAAAUUUUCUGAUUACUACAGGUUGUAUUUUCAGAUAAAAUCCUAUUUAUAAAUGUUAAUGCGGCUCUUGCGAGGAUAAGCAAGUUUAAAUCUGUUUCUUAACAAACCAAAUGGGGUAUUGAAGAAUCAAACUAUUGUGUUUACACUUUUAGGCAGUUUUUUUAGGGAAAUCAAUCCUCUCUGAUUUUGACAGUCUUGUACACCAACAAUAGGAAACCACGUUACAGUGGAGACGACGUGCAGCAAGCAAACUACUACUACUAAAAAAACUGACUCAAUUUGAGGCAAAUCUCUUGGACUUAUUUUGUUUACAUUUGUUAAAUAUGUGAGAAAAAAAAAGGUUGCUACAUUAAAAAAAGACAAAUCGAAGUGGUUUAAUUGUUGUAUGUGUCUGUUUCUCUUAUGCAAGAGAGUAUGUGAGAGUUGACUCCAGUCCCAGAGCAUAUUCAAUUAAAUCAUUCAUUUAAAUAAUGCAUUUUAUGUGCUCCAACGUGUUUGCCUUCCAAGCCUGUUCUUUCAAACAAUCAACAGCUCUUGGAAUGUUUACAUUAAUCCCUUUUUUUUUUUUCUU